UCCCGCCGCCGCCGGUGCCCCGGGACGAGGCCCCCCGCCCCGCUCAGCGGGGACAGUCCCCGGGCAGAGACCGAUGCCCAGUGGCAGCCCGGGAUGGGUGGCACCGGAGCACGGACGGACGCGUGUCCCCGGACACCGGAGGGGUGGCCGCACCGGGAUCCCUCCGCUCCGUCCCCACCGGGGCUCGUUGCUUGUCCAGCGGACCGGUCCCGGUGCCGGGGGGGCGGUCCCGAGGGGGGAGGCGGGGCCCGGGGUGAGCCCGGGGGCCGGACGGGGCGGUCCCGGUGCCGCUGCCGCCGCCGCCGCCGCCAGCCCGGCCAUGCCGACCCCCGCCGCGCUGCUGCUGCUGGUGCUGCUGCUGCCGCCGCCAGCCCGAGCCGCCGAGAGCGAAACCGAAACCGGUGCCCGGGACCUGCGGCUGGAGACACUCGUGGCCCCCCCCGAGGGCUGCACGGAGCUGUCGGCGCCGGGGGACACGGUGCACAUCCACUACACGGGCAGCCUGGAGGACGAUGGCCGCAUCAUUGACACCUCGCUGAGCCGGGACCCGCUCCAGGUGGAGCUGGGCAAGCGCCAGGUCAUCCCCGGCCUGGAGCAGAGCCUGCUGGACAUGUGUGUGGGGGAGAAGCGGAGAGUCAUCAUCCCCCCUCAUCUGGCCUACGGCAAGCGGGGGUCCCCCCCCUCCAUCCCAGGGGACGCGGUGCUGCGGUUCGAGGUGGAGCUGGUGGCUCUGUCCCGUGCCGGUUACUGGCAGAAGGUGCUGAACAAGGUGGUGCCGCUGCUGUGCCUGGGGCUGGUGCCGGCGCUGCUGGGGCUCAUCGGGUGCCACCUCUACCGCAAGGCCAGCAGCUCCAGGCUCUCCAAGAAGAAGAUGAAGGAAGAGAAGAAGAACAAAGCCAAAAAGAAAUAAAGCCUUUCCCUGGACACCGGUGGCUCCUC